AUGGGCCAGUUGUGCAGUGAACUCCUCCGAGGAACCCUGAUCAUCCAGAGUUUCUCUGAGUCUGCAACACCUCUACUACAGCCCAGUUGCCUUGAUGAUUGCCUCCAACAAUACAUAAAAAAUUUUGAAAGAGAAAAGAUCAAUGGGGAACAGCUGCUACACAUCACUCAUCAAGAGCUUGAGGAGCUGGGAGUCACUCGCAUUGGCCACCAAGAACUCAUACUGGAAGCAGUUGAUCUGCUAUGUGCAUUGAAUUAUGGUUUGGAGACUGAAAACCUGAGAACUCUGUCUCACAAGCUGAAUGCCUCAGCAAAAAACCUUCAGAACUUUAUAACGGGUAGAAGGAGGAGUGGCCAUUAUGAUGGCAGGGCCUCCAGACGACUGCCAAAUGAUUUUCUUACCUCUGUAGUUGACCUGAUUGGUGCUGCCAAGAACUUACUAGCCUGGCUGGACAGGUCUCCAUUUGUCAGUGUGACAGAAUACUCACUGUUGAAAAACAACAUUGUUCAACUGUGCCUGGAACUCACAACCAUUGUGCAACAGGAUUGUACGGUGUAUGAAACAGAAAAUAAAAUUCUUCAUGUGUGUAAAACCUUGUCUGGGAUUUGUGACCACAUCAUUUCGCUCUCAUCUGAUUCUCUGGUGUCACAGUCAGCACAUCUUGAGGUAGUUCAUCUCACCAGCAUUAUGCCCAGUGAGGGGUUGGGAAUGUAUAUCAAAUCAACAUAUGAUGGACUACAUGUAAUCACAGGAACAACUGAAAACUCUCCUGCUGACCAGUGUAAGAAAAUCCAUGCUGGUGAUGAGGUGAUCCAGGUCAACCACCAAACUGUGGUUGGCUGGCAGUUAAAGAACCUAGUAAAUGCAUUGCGGGAAGACCCAAAUGGAGUGAUUUUAACCUUGAAAAAACGUCCUCAGAACACCCUGGUUUCUGCUCCUGCCCUUCUGAAGAAUGUGAGGUGGAAGCCUCUUGCACUUCAGCCUGUAAUUCCAACAAGUCCAACAAGCAGUUCUACAACACCAACAAGUACAAUGGGCAUAUCCUCAAAAAUGGAGAACUCUGCGCUCCAGGAUGUUUUCAUUCUGUCUCCUAUGUCAGGACUUUAUGGCCCCAGGGAUGAAAUUGGAAUAAUGUCUUGUGAUGACAUCAGCAAAUUUGGAAAAUCUGUAAUGAAAGGCUCUGAGUCUCCGAGCUAUUUUCUCGAGCAUGAAAGUGGGAAAUACUACACCUUAAUUGAAGGUGAAGGCCACCCCGUGGGCUCUGAGUAUGAGAGAAGCAGAGCUACAGGAGUGCGGAGAAGAGAAAAAACACCCACUCAUGGAGAUUUAAGGCCUGUUUCUAUGCCUACUGAGUACAGUUGGAUAGGGGAGUCAAAAGAACAAAACAUGUACAAGAGGGGAAGCAGAGACUCUGAGAAUUCACUCCUGCGGUAUCUGAGUGAUGACAAGAUACUGGUUAUCCAAGAAGAGCCUUUGACACAAAAAGACAACAAAAGAGACACAGGUCGUAGGUCAAGAAAAAAGGGCAAAAACACAAGCAGCCCAAACUACCCUAUUAGUCCAUCUGUAUUGACAUCUACUAUUAAUGUUAGGCUUGAACCUGGACAGCAAGAUGUCUUGAAUUUCUCGCUAGCAGAAAACAAUACUGUGCCACUUUAUCACAGAGCAGCAGACACAGUCAGUGGAGAUACUGAAAGAUAUGCAAGUUCUGCCAUUGACCGUCAAGGAAGCACAUCCAUGAGGAAGUCAUUCCAUUACGCUUCCCUCAGGGUAAAAAGCAGAAAAUGGUCAAAAGGGAGCUCUCUAACAAGUGGGAGCAGAAGACGGAUUUCCUGCAAAGAUUUGGGGCACGGAGAUUGUGAAGGCUGGCUAUGGAAGAAAAAGGAUGCCAAAGGUUAUUUCACACAGAAAUGGAAAAAGUACUGGUUUAUUCUGAAGGAUUCAUCCUUGUACUGGUAUACAAACCAGAAUGAUGAAAAAGCAGAAGGAUUCAUUAGUUUACCCGAGUUCAGGAUAGAUAGAGCAAUUGAAUGCAGACGAAAACAUGCCUUCAAAGCAUGCCACCCCAAAAUAAAGAGCUUCUACUUUGCAACAGACUGCCUUGAAGAGAUGAAUAGAUGGAUGAAUCGUUUGGGUCUUGCAGCAAUUGGUUACACGCCUGAUGACAAGGAUAUUCAUCCAGAUGAAGCAGAUUACUGGAGUGAAAGCGACCAGGAUGACAUCGAUGGCUCUUUAACCCUGAAGCAGGAAGGCUCUUCAACACUGUGUGACACCUACCAUCGAACACCCUCAGUGAAUUCUUCAAGUCCAUUCCCUGAAGCCAAACACGGUCGACACUUUUCAAGUGAAUCAACAUAUUCUCAUUCUUCUGCCGAGGAUUCUCGACAAGAUGUAGCAGGAAGCACACACUCGUCAGGAUGCAGACCUCCCUACCGAGAAAGACGCUCGUGGCAGGACCUGAUAGAGACUCCGUUAACCAGUUCAGGGCUCCAUUUUCUUCAGACUGUUCCUCCUGACGCAGAGUACGUGAGCGGCCGGCCUGGAAUGUCACCGGACAAACGAAGACAAGCAACGCUACCAGUACAAAGGCGUCACAAUUAUGAGCAGGAUGGGCCUUUCCCUUUGGUGGAAUGUCCAAGGGGACACAGCUCUCAUAUCAGGCCACAGAAGCAACGUAGUCAAAGCCUUCCCCGGAACAGAGAUGUCAGGGGAAAGGGACACGUAAAGUCCAUAGAAGGAACAGAUGACAAGCUAGAAGAGAAAGUUCCUAUUAGAAGGCAUAAUAGUUUCUGUGUAGAAGAAAGCAUACAAGAAAUUGGAGAAAAUAUAGAUGGUUUGCAAGAGCUGUACAAAUCUCUGGAACAAGCCAGUUUGUCAGCUUUUGGAGAGCAGCGUCCUUCCACCAAGCAGGAGUUCCGCAAGUCUUUCGUAAAGCGAUGUAAUGAUCCGGUUAUCAAUGAAAAGCUUCACCACAUCAGAGUUCUCAGGAGCACUUUAAAAGCGAAGGAAGGGGACCUCACAGUUAUCAACAGCCUUCUGGAUGAUCCCAACUUAACAUCAAAGAAGUUUAAAGAUUGGAAACUAAAGAACUAUGAGUUUUUCCUGGACAUUUGUGAGUAUAGUGCUGCUGUGAAAUCUCAAAACGGAGCCUCUGAACUUGCAACCUCAGCCCCGAUGCUGACGCAUACGCACUCGUUCAUUGAAACUCACGUCUGACAGGACUCAUACCCCGAAUAAUUGCUGGGUGCCAUGAAAAAGCGAGUAAGAUAAACAUUGUAAUAAUUAUUGAUAACGUACUCAGCAGUACUGUAAAUAAGUUGGAUAAGAGAAUAGUGCCACAGGAUGCCUACUACAUUGCAUGAUAAGACUAUAAUAUUCUUUAUGAAUUUUUUGUUUUGUUUGCUAUUAUCAACCGAUGUCCGUAUCAAGCUCUGCAUAGAAAGAAGCAGUGCAGAAGUGUAACUGAAAAUAAAUACCAGUAUAUUUAAAGUACUGUACUAAAACUAAGCUUAUAGUAUGAGCUCCUACAAUCAUUUUAUAUAUAUAGAUAUAUAUAUAUAUAAAGACAUAUCUAUGUAUAUAAAAUGUAACAUGAUAGUUGACAUUUACUUUUAAAAUGCCCUAAAGUUCACGUUUUCACACAUUUUUUUUCUUGAGGAAAAAAUAUAAAAUGAAAACACGAAUGCAUUGGCCACUCUUAGAGAUGAACGUUUAUUUUUGCAACAUUUCCAGGUAGUGACCAUCUUUGCAAAUAAAAGGACAGAGUUAUCAAAAUGUAAACUCAAUCCCUAUAGUGUGCCUUAAAAUGUACACUGUACAUCUAGCAAAUAGAUCCCAGUCGGGCCCUAUGGGCAUACUGGACAUGCCAUU